AUGUCAAGUAAAUUUGAGAUGAGUGGCUUGGGGAAGCUAACAUACUACCUAGGCAUCGAGGUAACACAAUAUGAUGGAGGUAUUGAGUUAAGACAAAGUCAAUAUGCGCUUAAAGUACUCGAGGAAAGCGGAAUGAGUGAGUGCAAUCCGACGCAAGCACCAAUGGAGUUCAACAUAAGACUGUCUAAAGCGACUGAAGAGAAGAAUAUUGACGAGAAGGAGUAUCGAAAGAAUAUAGGUUGCCUGCGGUAUCUAUUACAUACUCGACCUGAUCUAUUUUUCUCGGUGGGAGUAUUAAGUAGAUACAUGCAUGAACCAAAUCAGUCACAUGGAGCGGCUUUGAAACAAGUUUUGAGAUACCUUCGCGGAACAAUCACGCUACGAGUUCGUUUUACUCACUCUCCUGAAGUCAAACUGGUUGGGUAUAGCGACGCUUCACGCAAUGAUGAUGGUAAAAGCACUACCGGUCAUGUGUUUUAUCUCAACGAUGGUCCAGUUACAUGGUGUUUCCAGAAGCAAGAGAUAGUGGCAUUGUCAUCCUGUGAAGCGGAAUUCAUGGCUGCGACAGAAGCGGCCAAACAGGCAAUUUGGCUACAAGAGUUACUCGGUGAGAUCAUUGGGAAAGUGUGCAAGAAGAAUGAGCAAGUUGAAGUUGAACAUGUCCCGGGCAACGAGCAAAGAGCAGACAUACUGACGAAGUCGCUUGGGAGAAUCAAAUUCGCGGAAAUGAGAAGCCUCAUCGGUGUUCAUGAUGUGAGUAAAGAUGACUUCAAGCUUAAGGAGGAGAAUGUUGUAAUAAACUUGAAGAUAGCUUAA